CAAAUACAGCCAUCGCUUUGAAAGUGGAGACCAGGAUAUUCGUCGGAAGCUGUCAGCUAGCAUCGUUCGCCUUUCAUUCUUGGUGAUACGGUUUUACAGUCUAUUUAACUCUUGCUUGAGCAGGCUGUGCUUGCCAUUUUGAGAUUAGUCUUGAAGAGUUGCUGAUAUUCGUUCUCGAGAUUCUUCGUCGAUAAUCAUGUCUGCCCUUGUUUGCGGAAAGCGAUCUGUUUUCGAGGAGAGCGUUUACGAUCCGUCCUCUCCACUGACAAAAAGAACCAGACGCGGACGUCAUGCAUCCCCACUCAAGAGUCCAUGGUCCGCAAAUCCUUUCCAGCAGCCGCCAAGCCAGCAGCAGCAGCAUCAGGGAUUAGGAGGAGCUUUUGUCUCAGAUCCGCGAAUUGGGAAUUCCAGCGGAGACGCUGAGACAUUGCAGGAUAGAUCGAACCUGGAGGUUAGUCCAGCGCAGGCUGCGUCGAUUAAUCUAAGCAAUCAUGGGUGCACAUCUGCGACUGUUUGCAUGUCGACGGAAGCUGAUGCACAGAAAGCAGCCGCAGAUGAAGCGCAGAGAGCGGGAUCGGAAGGUCUGACUGCGAAAUGGGCCGACGUAGCAGUGCGGGAGAUGAUGACAGCUGCAAGCGUGGAUGACGCUCGACAGAAGGCCUUACUUGUGCUGCAAGCUUUCGAGAAGGAGUCUAUGGAUGCUAAGCAGCAGGAUCAAUCUGCAGCGGUUCACGCGGAACAGGAACGUCGAUCUGCGUCUGAACUUCAAUUGCUACAGCAGCAGGUGGGCGUGUUGUGCAAGGAGAACCAGAUUUUGAAGCGAGCAGUAGCGAUUCAGCAUGAGAAGCAGAAGGAGCACCAGGCUCAGAACGAGGAGAAUGCGAGUUUGAGACAAGCUCUGGCGCAGUAUCAAGAGCAAGUGCACAAGCUGGAGGUUGCCAACUAUGCUCUCAACCUGCACCUUCGCCAGGCUAACGAUGCUGUGAAUCAUGCAGCUUUGUCUGGUCGCUUCCAUCCGGAUGUCUUCUAGGUCUUUUAGCACUCUGGGGCGUGCUCAUGUGCUUGCUUUAAUUCAUCUAUGUCAAGUAGGCCCAUGGCAGUGUCUCGUCUCAGUUGGAACAAGCUUCAACGCUGUUCGGAGAUUGGUUCUGGUCACCAAUGAUAGUGGCCUUCAAAGCUGAUGUCAAGUCGUUCAACUGUAGCCCUAUUUAGAAUUGGCAAGAAACUUCUCCAUAGAGUUUUGAAGGGAAGCGAGAUUCUUGUUUCCGCCAUUGGAGGCUCUCCGCAGUGAUUGAUGCCUUCCGUGACCUCGCAAAGCCAAUAACAGGAAGAGUUUUAGCUAAGGUCGGUAUAUUUUGCCAGUCUCUAAGCUGUGCUGUAUCAAAGAGCAAGGCACCGUAGUAUUUUGUCGCACGAUACGAACAGAAUUCGAGCAGCGACUUCGGAAAUUCUACAGUCCCCUGUCCCGACAAGAUGAUAUUUUUUUCAGGGCGCCUCUAAUCCCGUCGAAGAGUCAGCAUAACUAGUAGUUUUUUUCGGCGGAGUAAAAGGUAGCGACGAGUUUGUAUGAUAUAGGAGCCUUAGAAGGAUCUCUGCUUGUGAUCGCUUUUGGUCUUAGCGUGUAUCGGAUUCUAAGGAGACAGGCGGACCGUGAAGGACCAUAAUAAACGUUAAAGCCGUGGUGAGAUCAGCCGCUGGUAACCAGGAAUGUAACCUCGACAAGAAAUAAGACGCUAAAUCGGAGACGGUGGUCAGAACGGGCUGGCUACGGGUAACGGGAGUCGAGACUGUUUGUAUUGAGUCGACUCAUAACGCACCCAGAAGGCGUUCAGAAAAGAUUGGCUACGGGUGGCGGGAGCCGAGACUGUUUUUAAACGUCCAAAGGAAAUAGGAGUUGCUGCCGGCCAAGACAGGGCAGGGAUUUGAGAAGACCUGAGAGUUCCAGGCGAUGGCGACAGCUGAACAGUAACAGGAGGUGGCGAAGGAUACAGUGUUACAGGCGAUGGCGUAGGCUAAACAGUAACAGGGGCUGGCGAACGCUAUAGAGUAACAGGCGAUGGCGACGGUAAAACCGGAGCCUGA